CCUUCAAAGUGAAGCAUCCAAAACCUACAAUUCUUCAUCUCAUUCUCACCUCACAAAUAUAACGCAUAUUAAUAUGUAAUAUCUCUCUCUCUUAGGGUUUUAUCUAUUUAUUUUUUAUAUUUUCUAAUUUAUUUUCAAUAAAUAUAAAAAUGGCUAAGAAGAGAAAAUCCGAUGCCACGCGCCUUGAUGAGGUUGACCGGAGCAUGUACACCAGCUUUUCUAGCGCUGCAAACUCCCUCUCCCAGCUUUACACUCAGGCCAUGAACCACCAACGCCUGUCCUUUCAGGCCGGUGAACGUCACGCUCUGGAGAAGCUCUAUCAAUGGAUUCUGAGGCAGCAAGAAGAAGGGUCAAGGGCGACAACCGGUGAUAUACUUUCUUAUUUGCAGAAUGAGCUCGAAGAUGGAGAGGAGCCUCCAAUGUCCCCAAGGUUGCCAUUGCAGCACCCACACUCCCAAACUGCAAUACAAUUGAACAAUUUAGGUGCCCCUGUUUCCUUCAAUCCAUUUUCAUCUGCAAUCAUUGGGCAGGGAGUUCGAUCUGGUGAUAACCAAGUUAAGAACUCUGUUUUCUCAAAUGCCCUCUCGAGCCCUGUUCGUCGGAGCCUUCAGCACUACCACUUGGCACAGGGUGGUUAUAAUUCAAACAAUGUUUUACCAUCUGUAAACGGACAAUGCAAUAACGAGAACCAUUCUCAUCAACAAAACAGGGAUGGCAAUACCCCCAGCUCAAAUGACUCUAUGGACAUGCAUGCUGAUGGUCCUGGCCAUGUUUUUCCGUAUUAAAUCUGUUUGGUCAAUAGUAGGAUAUUGUAUUUUUUCUUCUGGUGAAAGUUUAUUGUGUGGUUAAAAAUCCUGGAAUCCUCUUCAUUUAUAGUGCAAAUUCAAUUCUUGAGUUUUAAUUAUUAUA